UUUAUGACCAAACUAAUCAACAAGGAGCCCAAAGCACACCUAACUCACAAGGACAUAGUCAAAAGUCCUAUUACGGCCAAACUAAUCCACAAGGACUACAAGCUUAUACUACUGUGUCCAAAGUGAUGUACCGGACGGUCAUCAGUGGUAGAACCUUUGAUGCCCACACACAGUUGCUGCACAAAGUGAAGGAUGAAGAUCAGUUUCUUCUUAUUGAAAACAAUGAAGACUGCAAGGUCAUAAUUGUCUUCUGUACAAUCUCUUCACGUAUUGGAACAGACGUGGAAGCAGUCAUGUCUGACAUUAAAGGUGAUGAACCUGUCAUUCUGGUGUUGAUGCACCACACACGUGAGGCUAAGAACACAGUUCCUAUGAGAACAUGGUCUGAAUACCCCAAAAUUAAGCUGGCUGUCCACACUUUCUUCCAUGAUACCACCCCUGGAUUACUGAAUUGUCAUCAGAACAAUGAGGCUGCCUUAAUGAUACAAAACAAAUUAUUUGAGUACAGAAUUCAGGAAAGGGUGGACAUCAGUGGAAAUGCUUUGGCUGUUGGAGGUGACGCUGGUGUGACUGCUUCUACAAUGCAUGGUGGUGGUAGGAAGGAUCCUUCAACUCGUGGUGGUGUUGGCAACAAUCCCCACCCAUCUGACAAUGGGUGGGGAUUCAAAAUGCCAUUUAACUGGAAAUAAGUAGAAUCCGCAACGCUGCUUGUGGUAAUGGUGUUAUCAUAACAGUUAUCACAAGUAAAAUAAUCUAUGAUCUGUAAAUAGCAAGAAUUUAAAAAUAUUAUGUAAAGCAACAAAACUGUUUGAUUCAUAGGCAAGGCAAGUAAACUUUGUUUUUAUAGUUAAUUUCCUAAACAGGUAGAUCUCCACACAUUUUCUGAUGUUGAUUUUUUAAUGUUAACUCAUAUAGUUUUAUGAGUCUAGGCCUUUCUACAUGCAACCAGUCAGCACCAUAUAAAACUUUUACUGGACAGAGUGGAGAAGAUUUUCUUUAAGAAAACAGCCAUAAAGUAGCUGAUAUUUACCUUACCUUUUGUCUUGAUCAAUGACCAGUAAUUAAAUAAGGAUGACUAAUACAUUAGGUUUUUUGUUUUUUUGUUGCUCUGAAGCAUUUAUGAGCAUUCUAGCCUUAGCUGCUUAGAUUUUAAAUGAAUGUCUUCAAA